UCUCUUAUCAAAACAAAAACGAAGUUUAAUUGCUUUACUUAUAUACGUUUUUAUUAUUUACAUUCUUGAAGUGGACUUGAAUAAAAUUUUUUAUUUGAAAUUAUACUAAUUAAAUCAUUAUUAUGAAUUCUUCAAAUCAUGUUAAUGAUUCGACAGUUUCAACUGAAAAAAUAGCUUUAAUAACCGGCAUCACCGGUCAAGAUGGGUCAUAUCUUGCUGAGUUCUUGUUAGAGAAAGAUUAUGAGGUUCACGGAAUAAUUCGACGGGCUAGUACUUUUAAUACAUCCCGAAUUGAACAUUUAUAUGCUGAUCCAAUAGCGCAUCGCGAAGGUAAACUCAAAUUACACUAUGGUGACAUGACUGACAGCAGUAGUUUGGUAAAAAUUAUUAACAUGGUAAAACCCAAAGAGAUAUACAAUUUAGCAGCUCAAAGUCAUGUUAAAGUUUCUUUUGAUUUGAGUGAAUAUACUGCUGAAGUUGAUGCGGUUGGAACUUUAAGAAUUUUAGAUGCUAUUAGAACAUGCGGUAUAGAAAAAAUUGUAAAAUUUUAUCAAGCUUCAACAUCUGAAUUAUAUGGAAAAGUGGUUGAAACACCACAAAAUGAAAAAACACCUUUUUAUCCUAGAUCUCCUUAUGCAUGUGCCAAAUUAUAUGGCUACUGGAUCGUGACAAAUUACAGAGAAGCUUAUAAUAUGUUUGCUUGUAAUGGCAUUCUUUUUAAUCACGAAUCUCCGCGCCGCGGAGAAAAUUUUGUUACAAGGAAAAUUACUCGGUCUGUAGCUAAAAUAUUUCUCAAUCAGUUAGAUUGUUUUGAAUUAGGUAAUUUGGAUUCAAAACGUGAUUGGGGACAUGCACGAGACUAUGUUGAAGCUAUGUGGAUGAUGUUACAAAAAGAUAAUCCAUCAGAUUACGUUAUAGCGACUGGAGAGACACAUAGUGUGAGAGAAUUUGUUGAAGCAUCAUUUAAAUAUAUUGGAAGGGAAAUUAUAUGGCGUGGAAAAGGUUGUGACGAGGUAGGAGUUGAAAAAGACACAAACGUCGUACGGGUGAAAAUAAAUCCUAAAUACUUCAGGCCCACCGAAGUUGAUCUGCUUUUGGGAGAUGCAAGCAAAGCUAAGAAAGAACUUCAUUGGUCACCCAAAGUUACAUUCCAGGAGCUUGUUGAGGAUAUGAUGAAAUCUGAUAUCGAACUAAUGAAAAAAAAUCCAAUAGCGUAAUAAAAUUUUGAAGACAACACUGCAGAUUCAAAACAAAAGAACAAAAGAAGCACAAAAUGAAAUCAAUGUUAAAUUACUUUUGUGUUUUGAUAAUUGAGAACAUUUGUCUCAUUAUUAGUAUUUUUUAUGCUUUAAGUUUGUUAGCACAAUAUUAUUUUUUUUACUUUUUGAAAAGGGAAAAUUAUAUUUUGUAUUUAAACAUGACAUUUUAGAGUCUAACAUUCCCGUGAGAGGUAGACAUAAUUUUUUAUUUAAUUGAAAUUUAUUAGCUUGCACUCAAAUUUGUUACUUUAAAGAAACAGAUUUAACUGAUUUUUUAAGAUUAGCGUUUUGUUUUUUUUACAUGUAUAAAAAAAAAUCACAUCUUAGAAUAAUAUAUGAC